UCCCACAAACGUUCACCAACCGCCGUGCCGUCAAGGUUUGCUUUAAAAAUAAUUCCAAGAACUAGUGUGGAAAACGCGAAUAUGGUGCCGAGUGUAAAACUGAUCUUGACCCUUGGCAUUUUGGCCACUUUGGCCAGCACGGGGUAUGCCAUCAAGUGCUUUCAGUGCGAUUCUUUAACCACUCCCAAGUGCGGCAAGGAUAUAAAGUCCGAUGACAAUCUGAUUUUGGAUUGCACCAGGAUAGCUCCUCCUCGAUUCCUCCAGAACUUCUUCCCAGUUCGCAAUGCCACCGGCUGCAUGAAGCAGACCAUCGAUAUUCCCGGCAACCCCCAGAUCGUAAGGUCGUGCUACUUCGGCGACAUUGGCAACACGAAGGUCGGAUGUCAGACCGAUCCUAACCUGACGACCAGCAAGCUGCUGGGCUGCGAGGUCUGCACCAAGGACGAGUGCAAUGGAUCCUCCUCCCUGGCCCCCAUCGCCGGAGUUAUCCUUCUGUUCUUCGGAGUGGCUCGUCUGUUGGCCUAAGCUAGUAGUUGUUUUUGUUGUUGUUGUACUGCUGUUCCAACCCAGCCAUAUCGAGCAUGCUUUUAAUAAGGCUUCAGUCACUCUUAAACCGCCUUUCAUUGUUAAGCACCUUUUAAGCAUUUUUUGUCCACAAUAAAAAUCACUUUAUUUAUUUUAAA